AAUGUUCACAUGUUAUUUAGAGACCGACUCAUCUCUUUAAUCUAUUGAUGCAUAGUUUUGGUGAUCAGACAGACAGUUCUGAUUUGGACAAUGGUACUAGGUAGCAAACAUGCAGAAAACAAAGGAACUGCUGAAAGAAAUACGUAUUUCGUCGAAUGUUGGAGGGAGCAAGCAGUCGCCAACUCCAAGUGCUAAAGAAACACCAAACACAAGAAAGAAGAAAGCACCUCUGCAUCCUCCCAUCGAAACCAACUGGCUGUUACCGCCUGUUGAAGAGCGACAGAAACCCUACCGCAGUUUCAUGUCGUUCCUGUCGUUCAGGAACAUGGGGAGGACCCAAAGCGCAGAAAUGGUUCUUGAAGGACAACAUAAUCCCAAGGACGAAAAAUUAGUCGAGUCGUUCCGAGAAUUGCUCUUUCUUGAGGGCCAUCUGCCGGUGAAACACUUUGAUUAUCAUACUCUUUUGAGAUUUCUUAGAAUGAGAGACUUUGAUGUAAUGAAAGCAAGAGAUAUGUUUGUGCAGUACAUUAAGUGGCGUGACGAAUUUGGUGUUGACACAAUCUGUACGGAAUUUAAGUUUGAGGAACAUGAAGAAGUUAAAAGAUGCUACCCUCACGGAUACCAUGGAGUUGACAGAGACGGCCGCCCAGUUUACAUCGAACGACUUGGAAUGGUCGAUCUCAACACGUUUCUUCUAGUAACUACCAUUGACAGAUUCGUGAAGUAUCAUAUUUGCGAACAAGAAAAGACCCUCAAUUGGAGGUAUCCCGCAUGUUCACUUGCUGCAAAGAAACACAUAGCUUCAACCUUAAGUAUCUUGGAUGUGAAGAAUGUGGGAAUGUCUCGAUUCUCAAAGCCUGCUAGACAUCUCUUCAUGGAAAUUCAAAAAAUUGAUAGCAACUACUAUCCUGAGACACUGCAUCAGCUUUACAUUGUAAAUGCUGGAUCUGGAUUUAAGGUGCUCUGGAAAGCAAUCAGAGCAUUUCUUGACGCACGCACCUUGGCCAAGAUCCGAGUUUUGGGAACUGACUACAGAAGUAGCCUAAUCGAAGCAAUCGAUCCAAGUAACCUUCCGAGUUUCUUGGGCGGCGAGUGCACGUCGUGUGCUGAAUGCGGAGGUUGCCUUUUUAGCGAUAAAGGGCCUUGGAAUGAUCCUGAAAUCACAGACAUGCUUCAGGGAAUGCUUUGCACUGAGGAGGAACAAGAGUUUAGCCUAACAAAUGCUUCCGAUGAUCAGAAGACUGCCUUUUCUGCUGAUACUGAGAAUGUUGGAUGUGAAGAUAAUACAAUGGAUGAGAGUUUUAAGGUUGCUCAGGAAAGAAAACAUGUGGAUAAGCCGUUGCUACAGAAGAUCCAAGCACUCAAGCCUGUGCUUCAACAUACAAAACAAAAGAUCAGGACAUUGGAAACUGCACUUGAAAAUAUAAAGUUGGUUUUACAAGAACUUGAACAACAUAUAGAAGACCUCAAGGGAUGAUGAAUAUGGUUAAGCACUUGAAUUAGGGGGA